ACUGAAUUCAGAAGAGAAAAAGCAGCCAUAUACUAUAUAUUUUCAAAUUGAUUUGGUGAAGGACAAGAUAUAGAAUAAUAUACAUAUUAAUCUAACAAUUAUUAUGGUUUUAGUAAGAAUACAACAGAAAAUGCUUGACUUUUGCUUCUAUAAAUUAUUGUCCAAAGUUUUCCUAAAUUCAUCCUUCUAUAUAACGUGCUAAGAGCUCCCUUGCUGUCCUCGUUUCCCUUCUCUAAAAGUAAGCAUGGCUUUAGCGGCUGCUCUUCUCGUUCUUCUGGUGGCGACUCCGGCGGCUUAUGCCGUGCAAUACACCGUAGGAGACAGCACUGGCUGGACCACCACCGGGGAUUACACGACUUGGGUUCAAGGGAAAACAUUCACCGUAGGCGACACACUUUUGUUCAACUAUGAUAGCAGCCACAGCCUGGAUGAAGUAACCCAAAGUGACUAUGAUAAUUGCAACUCCGGAAAUGCUCUCAAAACCCACAGCGAUGGAAACACAGUAAUCACUUUGUCUAAUACAGGACCAAUGUAUUUCAUAUGCCCCACCGUAGGACACUGUGCUGGAGGCAUGAAGCUAGCCGUCAAUGUUGUAGCAGCCAGUGGCAACACGCCUCCCACCACAUCUCCUCCAUCUGGUUCAACUACUCCUUCAGGGACACCACCAAGUGGCUCGACAUCAUCACCGCCGCCACCGCCUAGCGUAGCACCAAGCAUCACGAAUAACGGUUUGAUGCUAGGCUUUUCACUCGUGUUGGGGGCCGUCCUUGCAAUUAUGAGCUAGGGGAGAGGCAGUGCUAUUGUUAUUGGCUUAUUUGCUUUUGUUUUCUUCAUUAUCUGUGUGAUUUUUUCCCCUUAUGAACCAGAGUUGUAGAUUUAUGUUUAUUUGGUCUGCUAAAUAAUUUAGCUUAAUUUAUGAUAAAAGAUGUUUUUACCUUAUGAUCAGACAGAAAGGACCCUACCCUAUUUUUCUAAAUGCAUUGACCUUGAUGAUCAUAUCAUUUAUGAAUCCUAUCAUUUCUUCUAGUAUAAACUUUUUU